AAAGAACAAAAAAUACAUAAAAGUUAUUACGAAAAACCUACAGUAUUUUCACUGCAGGUGACAGUCACGACAGUUCGCAAAGCCAACAACAAAAAACACACCGAAUCUCGUACGUAAGGGUGACUGUAAUUGACUGUCAUAUAAACUGUCGUGCAGUCACCAAAUCCAACAACAAAAUACAUGGACAGUAGGUUUACUGUUAUUCAACCAAAAGAAAUUGUUCAUUUAACCCACCAGAAUUUUUUCUGUGUAGGAAACUCUACACUUCAACGAGCAAUUAGACACGUUUUUAUUUUAUUUUUUUUAAUUAUACAAGACACUCUCCUCUACCUUACUCAACCUCAACUCAUCUCCACUCAUGAAUAUAAAAAUAUAUGUGUGUGUAUAAAUUUGUAAUAAUUAUUAGUUGCCUAGAAUUUUGUAUUUCUUGUUUUGGAAUGCCUUGAUCCUGUGACUCUUGUUCCGUUCCAUCUUAUCUAGCUGCUUGUUAUGGUAGAAAUUCAAUCUGUAAUCUGUACUCUUCUCUAUUCUAUAUUCUAUAAAAAAAAAAAAAAAAAAAAAAAAAAAAAAAAUAAUCUGUAAUCUAAAAAUUUAAGGCGAAACUCGCUUAACUCUGAAUAAAUUAACUAUCUUGUAUUGUUUACUUCCAUUCGGAUUUAUGAAUUGUGUUUUAAAUCAAACAAUUUUAAACAUUGGAAACCUCUCUCAAUCAAACUCAAACCAUCAACUGGACCCAAAAAAAUAUAUAUAUAUCAAACACAACCGACACUCAACUAUUGUAUGUAACCAAAAAACUGCAAAACUAUGAACAAAUAAUCUUGCGACAACAAAUAUUGGCGACUAUCUGAUCUUGCAUGAAAUCGAAAUCAAAUAAUGAAAACCGAGAAAUCUCCUCUACUGUGCGCUACCUUUUGUAAUAAUCAAGUGUUUGGUACGACCUCGUUUUCCCUGACGGUUGAAGGCAUGGGUCCCUAUCCGCUGAGCGAUAGCACCAAUCUCCUGGGUCCCGGAUCGAGCAGCUAUGGUCCUGGUGGCGGAGUCCUUGGCUCCGUGGCCGGAUCUGGUCAGUGCUACACGAACUACGGCACCAAUCUGCAAACGCCGCAGCCGGCGAGAAAGUGCCACUACGAUGAGGUCGACGACUACAAUUUCCGCCGACAUUCGGCGCACGGAAGGAUGUCAUUACGCAAGUGAAGGGGAAACUGCUGAACUUGGGACCAACUAUCAAAAAAAAGUAUCAAGCGAAACCGAUUGGCUAAGUAAAGAAAAGUCGCACCACUAACUCUCUGAAUAACACACAAAAUAUUUUACAAAAAUGUACACCCAACUCACACUCACUCGCUGAAAAGAUCAGAAAAAAAAAGUGCCAAUAAUGCGUCUAAAACGAGACACAAAUUAAACUCGAAUCACUCUAAUCCCAUGACAUUUUCAUUCAAAAUCGUUAUGAAUCAUAUUACUUUUAAAAGCCAACUAAUUACCACAAACACAAACGUUCAUUUUCAUGCCAAUUCAAAAUGUUUAACUAGAAAUAUUCUCUUUGAAAUAGAAAGUUGAAGCGAAUUGAAAUAAAAUAAGAUGCAUUUGUGGUGAUAAAAGUAAGAUUUGAUUACUGAUUAAAGACUGUUAGUUUUAAUUUAAACUAAAAAUUAAUUUAAAGCCUGAGAAAUCUCUAAAGAUAAUUCCUAAAUUUGUCAUUAAAUAGUUGUAAAUAUAAAUCAUUGCUUACUUUUUUGCCAAUUUUAUUGCAGACUUUGUUAAUAAUUUUUAAACAAAUUUUUAAUUCUCUUAUUGCCACUGCAACUGUAUCUCUGAAAUCGGUCAUUAAAAAUCCUUCAAAUUAAAAAAAGAGAAAUAUUUCCACAAUGAAAAUCAUUUCAGUAAAUUAAUUAAUCAAUCAAUCAGACCAUCAAUCAAGCAGCAGCCCUUUUUCGAGUUCAUCAACGCCCUGUGGAGGCCCUGUGUUUUGUGUGCAUGGAAAGUUGGAUGUUUUUAUGGCCGCCAACAUAAUUAUUGCAUGCGUAUUAUUGGCAUGGACUUUUUUGCAUGCACCAUUUUAAUUAGUCGUAGUAGUGAAACGCCCAAAAAACCAAUACAAAAAAAAAAACAAUUAAAAAAUAAAACGAAAAAAUAUAUAAAAUUAAAUACUAACGAUCCAGAGGAACCCCAGCAAUUUGGCAAACCAUAUUAAUUGCUUCUCUUUUGUGUUCUCGACUUUGGUAUAUUUUUUGUAUUGUGCUUUUAUUGCCCACCUCCGCCCAAUGCCACCAACAACAACAACAACAACAACAUCGUUGACCCACUGCAGCUGCAUCCGAGCGAUUU